AUGAUGAAUGUUGACCAGGCAGCACCACCACAAUACCAACCACCACCAUAUCAUCAGCAACAACUGCAAUCACAACAACCACAACAACAACCACAGUCUCAUCCUCAUCCUCCUGCAACUUCCCAACGCCAGGUCUCAUUUAAUGUCUCUGACCACUACCAAAUCCUCGAGAUUGUUGGUGAAGGUGCUUAUGGCAUAGUCUGUUCUGCAAUCCAUAAACCAUCGGGCCAGAAAGUUGCCAUUAAGAAAAUCGAGCCAUUUGAACGCUCGAUGCUUUGUCUUCGUACAUUGCGAGAAUUGAAACUACUCAAACACUUUAACCAUGAAAACAUCAUUAGCAUAUUGGCCAUUCAGCGCCCCUAUAACUACCAACAAUUCAAUGAGAUCUACCUCAUCCAGGAAUUAAUGGAGACGGAUUUGCAUCGGGUUAUUCGCACACAAAACUUGACUGAUGACCAUAUACAAUACUUUACAUACCAAACAUUGCGAGCCUUAAAAGCCAUGCAUCUGGCCAAUGUCUUGCACAGAGACUUGAAACCAAGCAAUUUGUUGCUCAACUCCAACUGUGAUUUAAAAGUUUGUGAUUUCGGUCUUGCCAGGUCGAUUGCCCUGACGGAGGACAACUUUGGGUUUAUGACUGAAUACGUGGCGACUCGAUGGUAUCGUGCACCUGAGAUUAUGCUUACGUUCCAAGAAUACACUACGGCUAUUGAUGUCUGGUCUGUUGGCUGUAUAUUGGCAGAGAUGUUACUGGGCCGACCGCUUUUCCCUGGAAGAGAUUACCAUAAUCAGUUGUGGUUGAUUAUGGAGAUCUUGGGUACCCCAGAUAUGGAAGACUAUUACAAUAUCAAGAGCAAGCGAGCUAGAGAGUAUAUCAGAAGCUUACCAUUUUGCAAAAAGAUACCAUUUAAAGAAUUGUUUCAAACAAUGGGUAACCAGGGCCAAGUACCGGUAAACCCCUUGGCGAUAGACCUUUUGGAGAAGUUGUUGAUUUUCAAUCCUAGCAAGAGAAUAACCGUUGAAGAGGCAUUGCAGCAUCCGUAUUUGCAACUAUACCAUGAUCCAAAUGAUGAGCCUAGAAGUGAAAAGAUCCCCGAGGACUUUUUUGAUUUCGACAAGAGGAAAGACGAGUUGAGCAUUGAAGAGUUGAAGAAGAUGCUUUAUGAAGAGAUUAUUCAACCUUUAUAA